CUUCUGUUUACGUGUGUGAUCAAAUCUGUUGUGAAAAGCUUCAUCCUAUUUCUAGAACAUGAUUUUCAAAUGUUGUGUUUUGCUGCUGUUGGUAGCGAAGAAUUAUGCAGAAGUGCAAGGAAAAAAGAACAAUAUAUCUCUUUUGAUGAGCCACUUGGUUAAAACAUCUAGUCCAUCUGUGUUGCCCGUCAAUGAAAGCAACAAAACAACUGGCCGUCCAUUGCCCCUGAAGAUGAAAAUUGGUGUCACUCUUUAUCAAAUCAUUAAUGUGGACAACAAGAAUCAGAUUGUUACUCUGGCUCUAUUUAUGAGACAGAAAUGGAAGAAUGAACUAUUGCAUUGGGAUGAAAGCAAAUAUGGCGGACUGAAGGAGAUCAACAUCGGCAAGAAUAAAUUAUGGGUACCGGAUAUAUACAUUUACAACCACGCGGAGGGUGGAUCAAAGAGCGCUCUUGAUCAGUGGAAGACUCCAGUUACCAUUAAAAGUGAUGGGACAUGCUCGUGGCUUGCACCUGGCGUCGUGAAGACGUCAUGUAAACUGAACAUACAGUACUUUCCUUUUGAUGAACAGGAAUGUAAAAUCAAAUUCGGUUCGUGGACGUACAACGGCGAGCAGCUGGACCUACACCAUGAUCAUGAAAAUGGAAUGGGCGAUACCACGAAGUUUCUAAAGAGCGGGGAGUGGGACCUAUCAGAAUUUUCUGUUCAACGUAAUCUCGAGAAGUACGCGUGCUGUCCUGAAUUGUACCCAGAUGUCACGUUUACAUUGCUUAUCAAAAGGCGAACUCGUUAUUACUACAUCAAUAUGUUAUUACCUAACAUGUUUAUUACAGUUUUAACUCUUGUGGCUUUUCUUCUUCCACCUGAUUGUGGUGAACGAAUCUCGUUGAUCAUCACGAACUUUCUUGCUAUGGUUGUAUUUCUGUUGCUUGUUGCCGAGAUCUUACCGCCAAACUCCGAGGUGACGCCGAUGAUCAGUAUCUACUGUGCUGGUCUUAUGUGCGAGGUUGGCUUGGCGUUAGUUGCCUCAUGUUUUGUGCUUCGUUUGUACUGCAGACAGUCGGGUUUCCAUGGCAUGCCAUCUUGGAUAAAAACUGUCGUCCUGAAUUGGCUUGCAAAGGUUACUUUUGCCACAUCAGACGUUGCAAAAGCGAAGAAAGAUUUCGAAGAAAAAGCGGCGAAAUUCUUAGACCUUUUCAAAAGUACAUCGAUUCGCAAUGGAAAUAGCAAAUCGAGCGACGUAGAAACAAUUAGUUUGCUUUCGUCAGAAUGGGACUCAACUUAUGAUCUCGAUCAGUCAUUCAUCGAAGAAAGCGUCUUUACCAAUGUGACCAAAGACGGUGAAAAAGUCGUAGGCGAGCCGUGGUCAUCUCAUAAACUGUACAGCGGCGGCUCGCUAAAGAAAACUGUUUCACCUUCAACCCCUUCGACUAGUACUACUUCUCCACAGAUGAUUGUUCAAGAAAAUAAAAAUUGCAUCUGCAGGACACUUGUGGAUACAUUGGAAGAACGUCAGAAGACUCUGGUGGAACACGUGAGCAAUAUGAGCAGUAUGCUAACUGACUGGGAAAUCAAUGCGGAGAAAAAGAAAGAAUGGCAUCUAGCGUCCAGGAUUUUAGAUCGUAGUUUUCUCGUGUUUUUUAUUGUUGGUUUGAUUGUGUCCAGUUUGGCAAUUUUCUUGCAAAUUCCGUGAGCUUGUUGACGAGAGAGAAUUGUACGUCUUGAACUAUGAAGAUUUACUUUACAAACAAAAAUAGCACACGAUUAUAUAUGGGUAGUUUCCCUAAUUCCCUUGUACAGUUUUCUUUCUGGGAGAGUGGCAAAGAUUGUAUUUUUGCGUAUGUAAAAUGCACCCGUUUUGUGAAAUGUUAUGAGAAUACAUAUUUUAUCAUUCAUUGAA